GCCACCGCACCGUGCUACAUAGGCUUCACGCAACAGCUACACGAGUAGGACUCGUACACAUUACUGAUUACACACAUACACGGCAACACGUUAACGUUAAAACGAACGAUCGGUGAAUCACCAUAACUUUUUAUUAAUGUCAAUCGCCAACAUGAUGCAAUCAUGGCAUUGCGUAAUAUGUUUUUUGUUUAUGAUUAUUAGCUGUUGUUUUUGUGGUGAUAGAGAUGAUGAGAUGACAGUCACUGUAAAACCUGGCAGUGCUGAAUGCUUUUACUUGAGCGUCUCAGCAAAUGAUGAAUUGGAGCUAGAAUACCAGGUUAUAAAUGGAGAGCAAGGCGAGUUGGAUAUAGACUUCUUCCUUUACGGACAUGCAGGAAACUUAUUGAAGAGUGAGAGAAGAUCAUCUGACAACUUGCACAAAAUAACUUUAACAGAACAAGGAGACUACAAGUUCUGCUUUGACAACACCUUCUCUCGGUUCUCUGCCAAAACCGUGUUUUUCACCUUCAUGCUCACCAACCUUAAUGACCCUGGCCCUGUGGAUGAAUGGGGUAAUCAAAUGCCUUUUCUGCAGGACGAAGAUAUCUAUGAAAUGAAAAUUGAGGAUAUUAAGGAUGCCGUGGACCGCAUCAGAUCUCACAUCACCAAAGCUCGGAUGGUGCAAGAUUCCAUCAGUGCCCAUGAGGCGCGUGACAGAAACAUUGCUGAGAACAACUAUACUCGCAUCAACAACUUCUCAUGCAUCAGUGUCAUCAUCAUGAUCACGACGGCCAUUAUUCAGGUUGUGUUACUCCGGAGUCUCUUCGACGAGCGAAGCAAACUCCACAAACUCUGGAAAAAGGAUAGACCAAAAUUUUGAUUGGGCUUCUUAGGGUCAAAUUAUUUAGAUUUUUUCUCUACAAGUCAGAUUAUGUUAGGAUUUUUCACACUGCCAACAAGAUGCAUUAGCUGUAGACUUAUCUUACUCAUCCUAGAUUUGUCAAAAAUUGAUCGUGGCAAACGGCAACCUCUGCUCCUUUUUAAUUGUAUUCUUUUUAAUUUUCUAUCAAAAAGUACUAACUUGUAACUUGUUUU